AUGAAUAUUAGUCGGACAACACAGGCGCAGCGAUAUUCUGUUCGUUUGCAUGUAGCAGAAUCAACACGAGUGUUAGAUGAGAUAACACGAAAACGACGUUUGAGAAAACAGCUUGAAACUCUUGAACAGGACAAUUUUCAUGAAGACCCUCAUGCACAAUUGCAAUGGCAUAAAAAUAUUCCCAAAUUCGAAGAUGAUGAAAUGGGACAAUCGUCGGCUCGUAAAGGAGAUGUUGAUUCAGGAAGGAAAAAGAAGAAAUUCAAAAUGGAAUAUUUCAAACAAAGAUUCCGGAAAAAUUUUUCGGCUUUAGUAGAGGAAGAAACGCUGUCGAAGUCCAUGGAAAUUUCGGGUUUUGAUGCAUAUAAUGCUGCGCGGGCACCACCAAGCUGCAUACCGCCGCGGCAGUUUUGUGCAGCAUGCGGUUUCUUCUCUAAAUACACUUGCAUAAGAUGUGGUGCGCGAUAUUGUUCAAUUAGUUGUAGAGAUCUGCAUAAUGACACCAGGUGUUUGAAAUGGACAAUGUGA